GAAGGGCGUGCACCGAUAUGACCGAGACACGUCGCUGGAGGCGAAAGGACAUCAACCGCGGCUCCUUGUCGAAGACUCACUAACGACACCACAAAUAUAACCGACAGGAGUAUCACUUAAAAAUAGAAAGAGAGACGAAGAAGAAACGAAGAUCGGGUUUCAGGAGCUCGUGUUUACAUAACUUCCGGUCCGCUGCGGUGAGGAGCUCAUCCAGAUUCUUCUUCUUCGUCUUCUUCUUCUUCUGUGGUGUCGGAGGAGACAUGUUGCGUGGCUGCAGCCUGUGGGCUCUUCUUCCUCCCGUCUACUCUGUGGUCACUGCUGCUGGACUGUGGCUGGUAUACGCUGUAGCUGUCUAUCAUGAGAACGUCAUAACCUUGGGCGCCCCCUACAGGAAAAGAAAUGGAACCCACUACCCUCCCUUCAUCAGUGUUGCAGGAAACUUUCCACCAGCCAGUUGCAUCUUCAGCGAGGUCAUGACUCUGGCAGCGUUUGGAGGGUUCGUCAUCGCCGUCCUCCGAUACCUUCAGCUGAGGAACAGGAACAUUAAACCCUGGCUGAACGUCACCAGCCUGGUGGCCUUCUCUGCCGGCUGCUUCGGGAUGACGCUCGUAGGAAACUUCCAGAUAUUCAACAUGAAGAUGAUUCACAACGUGGGCACUCAGAUGACGUUCGGCCUGGGGACGCUGUUCUGCUGGAUGCAGUCCUACAUCACCCUGAGGGUGAACCUGAACAACGAGGGGAGGAAAGUGGCCGUCGCUCGCUUCCUGUUGUCUGGAGCCAUCACGGUCUGCAUCAUCCUCAAAACCUACUUCUUCGUCAUGUCCCAGCGCACAGAGGGAGCUCAGUGCCAGUGGUCGCUGGUCAUGUUCUUCCUCAUCUUCCUCAGCACGUUUGGCAUCGAUUUCCGUCACAUCCGCUUACAGAUCGUUUGCUCAGACCGUGACGCAGACGCAUCUCAAGGUCCCGUCACUCGGUUACAGACCUCGGACCAGCUGUAGCGAGUGUUUCCAACGAGUAUUAUUUCCUCGUUUUUUACCGACUGCACCUCAUUCACAUGUCGGCAGUGGCUCUGAGGAAACCGGCUGGAUCUUUACAUCGUAUGUACAUGUUUGAAAUUAUGCAUGAAAGUAUUUUACAGUGUUGACAUGUUGAAGUGAGCAAAACUGGGUUUUUUUUGGCAACUAUAGCUUUGGCAAGUGGGCUAGAACAUCUCAUUUAUAGAGGACACAAGUUAUUUGUUCUUCUCCAGGAGAAGAACAAAAGGUACAAAGACACUAGAAAAAACGUGCACAUAAAUCCACAGUAACACAAGUCCAAUGUGGAUAUAAUGUGAAAGGCUGCUCAGCAAAUGAAGAAGACACUGAUCCAAAACAGAGAAUAAACAAAAAAAAAACUAGUUUGGAGUUUGAAGCUGCACAAAGAGACAAAGAUCCAACUGUGAAGCACGGCGGUGGCAGCAUCAUGUCGAAAAUAUAUGGCAUCAUGGAAGGAAGGCAUCAAUCUCGUUUUGUUCAGUUUGUACUAAGAAUCCUAAAUAGUUACGUGUUCUUUCUCUUUUUAUUUCUCUCCAAAUCCACGUGUGCAAGAAUUCAGACUCAAAUUUGGGGGAUUUCAAAAAGAGUCAUUUAGCUUUAAGUGGGACGCCAACAAUCAGAUUAUCAGUGUUUACAACUUUUUUUUUUUUUUUUAAAUAAACUUUUCUAUUGUAAAAAUAUAUUAUUUUUGUAAAGUCAUUAAUGCUGUCAUGUAUGUAUCCACAGCAACCAAACAGUAUCAAUAAAAUGUACGGUGAAAGUA